GUGAAAAAAAGGUUGUCAAAUAUGUGGAAAUAUGCACUAAUCGCCCUCCUGGGCAUUUAUAGUAGCAAUGCAGUUUUGCAGACAGAUGCCAAUACACUGGUGCUACUCGACAAUCUGGCCAUUCGCGAGACCCACUCGAUUUUCUUCAAAUCGCUGCAGGAUCGCGGGUUUAAGCUAACCUACAAGCUAGCGGACGACUCCAGCCUGCUGCUGUCGCGCUAUGGCGAGUAUCUCUACAAGAAUGUGAUCAUCUUUGCGCCCAGUGUGGAGGAGUUCGGCGGCGACAUCAGUGUGGAGCGUCUGGCCAAGUUUGUGGACGACGGUGGCAAUGUUCUGGUGGCCGGCAGUGAAAAGUCCGGUGAUGCGCUGCGGGAGUUCGCCUCGGAGUGCGGCUUCGAGCUGGACGAGGAGAACGCUGCAGUCAUCGAUCAUCUCAACUACGAUGUCAGCGAUGCUGGCGAGCACACCACCAUCCUGACUUCGGCCAAGAACCUGAUCCAGGCCGACACCAUUGUUGGCAAGGAGAACAGCAAGGCUGACUCGGCACCACUGGUGUACCGAGGAACGGGCCUGAUUGCCGACAAGGAGAACCCACUGGUCCUAAAGCUCCUCACCGCCGAGAGCAGCGCGUACAGUUACAAUCCUCAGUCCAGUGUCACCGAUUACCCGCAUGCUGUGGGUCGCGGUACUCUGCUGAUUGCCGCCCUCCAGGCGCGCAACAAUGCCCGCGUCGUCUUCUCUGGAUCCCUGCUCUUCUUUUCGGACGAGAGCUUCACCACGGCUGUCCAGUAUGCUCAGAGCGGUGUGUUCCACAAGCUCUCCGGCAAUCGCGUCGUCGCUGAGUCCAUCAGCCAGUGGGUCUUUGGCGAGACCGGCCGCCUACGCGUUGCCUCUGUGCAGCACCACAAGGAGGGCGAGUUGCUGCCCCCAGGGGAGGCGUACACUAUUACCGAUCCCGUGAUCUACACCAUUGCCAUUGAGGAGCUGGUGGCUGGCAAGUGGCAGGCGUACAAGGCGAGUGACAUCCAGCUGGAGUUUGUGCGCAUCGAUCCGUUCGUGAGGACCUUCCUGAAGCAGACCAAGACGGGCAGCUAUGAGGCCAGGUUCGAGAUACCCGAUGUCUACGGCGUCUACCAGUUCAAGGUGGACUACAAUCGUGUCGGCUACACCCAUCUGUAUAGCACCACCCAGGUGUCGGUGCGUCCGUUAGAACACACACAGUACGAGCGCUUCAUUCCCAGCGCCUUCCCGUACUACACGAGUGCCUUCUCUAUGAUGAUUGGCGUCUUUAUCUUUUCGUUUGUGUUCCUUCACUUCAAGGACGAACCCCUCGGCAAACCGCUCAGGGAGGACAAGAAGUCGCAAUAAAAUGAACAUUUAAUACUUUAAACCAGCGUGCUUGCAUCUUUAAUGCAAUGCAAUCAAAAUUAAAAUCAUUUUACACUGCUUUUCACCACUAA